CUGACACAGGACAGUCCGUUCGCGGCCUGAAUCGUGCCUAGAGCUUCCACCCGUCCUGGAAGCUAACUGUCGGUGUCGGUGUGUCUGUGUGUGUGUGUGUACAAAUGCAUUUCCGUACUUCCGGUUCAAACGGUUUCCAAAGUGAAAGUGAAACAUGAUCCAUUCGAUGCUGAAGUUCAGUGCGCUUUGCUCUUGAGUGGACGUGUGCGGGUUGGAUGCGGGUUUUAAAUUUCCAAUAUCAUUUAAUUGAAACAGAAAGGGGCAGUGCAAAUAGUGCAAAAGUAAGGAUAAAAGCCGCCCCUUCAAUGCAGGCAAUACAUGCACACAUCCACAAAUCCUAAAGGGCGCGCCGUUUCAUUGGAGGAAAUUAAAGGAGAAACGUUAUAAAAUAAUAGUAUAAAACGCAUCGUCCGUACGGUGACCGAACGGUUCAUCGUGGUGGUUAGUUGCCACAGCGUGCGGUCUAGGUCCCUGAAGGAUUAGCUCACCAAUUGAUGUCAAUUAGUUCGAACCCGGAACGAGGUGUGGAAAGGCAAAGAACCGAACGCGUGCGGCAUUACCCGUUUUUUCCCCACUUUUCUUCCGCUGAAUAUCAACCGGUGUGUGUAUGGAUUUAUAAAAGAAAAGGGAAAAUAGGGCCACGGUACGAUUGUGUUGCUUUGUGUUUGCCGAACCCGGAAGUGCAGCUGAGUGCGUGUUGUGUGAGUUUCGCGAUAUUACUUUACUCCUUCCUGGUGCGUUCUGGUAAACUUGAAUACUUUGCCUGUCGCACUCCGAGAGACUGCCCGUUUAAAAAUAGUGCAUAGUGCGUCCCCCCCUCUUGUGCAUCGCAUCCCAUGUGCGACGAUGAUGGCAGAUCGGUUUCAACUGGUGCUGCUGUUACUGGUAGGACUUUCGGGACCACUCGAAUUGCACGCGUUGGCGUCCGCCAUUGCACGGAUGUCCUGUGACUGUCCGCGCGGUGUAGACAGUUUCCUGCGCGCCAGCAACCUAUCCCUACCGUUGGUGCCGAUGGCGCGCAACCGAACUGGAGACGAGCUGUACGUGGGCUUCCUGGCCGGGUACGUCCAUUCGAAGGUCGUCCUAGGCGCGCUGCUACUAGCGAUCGAAACGAUAAACAACGAUUCCACACUGCUUCCCGGCAAAAAGCUGCGGCUACGGGCCGUCGACAUUGGAGCCCAAAAGUCCCUCAAAGCAUUCCCCAUUCAGAAAAUGACCGAAAUGCGUGAUAGCGGCAUAGUGGUGUUUAUUGGACCGGAUGAAACCUGCACCUCGGAGGCACUGGUAGCUUCAGCCUGGAACCUGCCGAUGAUAUCGUAUAAAUGUGCCGACAUUGCCGUGUCCGACAAGACGGUGUACAGCAGCUUUGCCCGCACGCUCCCACCGGCGACGAAGGUGUCGAAAAGUGUGGCCGCUCUGCUGCUGGCCAACAAUUGGCACUGCUUCAGCAUCGUGGCCAGUAAACAUCCGGCCUGGAGUAUGGAAAUUGCACACGCAAUUGAGCUUCAAGCCGAAUUAAAUAACCUCACCGUAAACCACUUCCGCUUCUAUUCGGAUUACAUUCCAUCCAAAAUUUAUGAACUUCAGGAGAUAGUGGAUAACACUUAUCGAAACACACGAGGUAUGGGUGAACGGCAGGUUCAAUACCAACUUCCACCUGCACUCACAAGCAAUAUUUCUUCCCGUGUCCUUUCCUUACCCGCCUCUGCAACAGUGUACGUUUUCGUGGGCGAUCACAUCGAAAUGGUGGACUUUGUGCGAUGUCUCCAGAACCGAAAGCUGCUCAGCACGGGCGACUAUAUCGUGAUAUCGAUCGACGACGAGAUCUACGAUCCGAACAUGAAGCGUAACAUCUACCAGGAGUACUCCGAUUUCUACCAGAAGUACUUCGGCAACUCGAAGGAUAAGCAUCAGAGCCGCAAACGCUACAACUACAAGGAUCAGGAACGGUUGCAGGAAGCGUUCCAGUCGGUGCUACGCAUAUCGCCCCUCUUUCCAAUGAACCCAAGGUAUCGCAAACUUUGCCACCAGUUCAAGCUGUACUCACGCAAGGAUCCGUUUCGUGUGCCGCUACCGUACAAUCGGAACAUAUUCGACGAAAUACAGGUUCCUAUCUAUGGUGCGUAUUUGUACGAUGCACUCAUCAUCUACGCCCGUGCAGCAACCGAAGUCAUCCGUGACGGUGGUGACAUUGCCGAUGGAAGAUUAAUUAUGCGCCAUAUAUUCAACCGUUCGUACCACUCGAUACAGGGAUUUGAUGUGUACAUCGAUGCAAACGGGGACGCGGAGGGCAACUUUUCGGUCAUCGCGUUACAGAAGGACGAUAAGGUGAACAACUCGCUGCAGAUGUCGAUGCAACCGGUGGCACUGUUUGCGUACGGUGCGCGAAAUGCCACCAGCGGUACGACACUACCCGAGUUCCGCUAUCUCAACCCGAACCGGCCAAUUAUGUGGUUAAAGGGACGCCCACCGCUGGCGGAACCCGUCUGUGGCUUCUACAAUGAAAAGUGUCGACCAAAGGCGAAGGAUUGGCGAUACAUUACCGGCGCGCUGGUAGUGAUUCUGUUCAUGGCCAUUUUUACCAUUAUCCUGUUCAAACAUUAUCGCUACGAACAGACGCUGGCGUGUUUGCUAUGGAAGGUGGACAUGAAGGAUGUGAUUCUGAUAACCUCACCCGAUGCACUGUACAACAACGAGCUGCGGAAGAAUCUUGUGUGCCAGCAAAGCAUCAUGGUCAACAACGCAGGAGACGCCAACAAACGGGCAUACACGACGAUUGGCCUGUACCGUGGCAAUAUCGUUGCAAUCAAAUACCUGCACAAGCGAUCGAUCGACAUCACGCGCAAUAUUCGCAAGGAGCUAAAGCAAAUGCGUGAAAUACGUCACGAAAAUUUGAUCACGUUUGUCGGUGCAUCGAUCGACCACGGGACGGUGAGCAUCCUGACAUCUUACUGCGCCCGGGGCAGCCUAGUCGAUGUGCUGUCGAACGAGGAUCUGAAGCUGGAUCACAUGUUCGUCUCGUCGUUGGUGAGCGAUAUUGUCAAGGGCCUUAUCUACCUGCACGAUAGCGAUGUCGGAUCGCACGGUAAUUUACGGUCCAGCAAGAUACUGAUCGACUCCCGCUGGGUAGCACAGAUAGCGGACUUUGGGCUGCACGAGUUUAAAUCCUGCCAGGAAGAGCCAAGCAAAUUUGAAAAAGAGCUACGCCGAAGUCUGUGGAAAGCACCGGAAAUUCUGCGCGAUCCAAACUCUCCUCCGCGUGGCACACAGAAGGGCGAUGUGUAUUCGUUUGGGAUCGUACUUUACGAAAUAAUAGGUCGGAAAGGUCCGUGGGGUGAUGUUAACAUGAGUUGGCAAGAUAUUGUGGCGCGCGUUAUGUCCCCGGAAGAGUAUGGAAUAUUUCGUCCAUCGCUGCGCGGUAUUGAUGCUCCCGAGUACGUAAUGCAGCUGCUGCACUCUUGCUGGGAGGAAGAUCCAGAAGAUCGACCGGACAUACGGCUGGUACGGGUGAAGUUAAAACCGAUGCAAGCCGGACUCAAACCAAACAUUUUUGACAAUAUGCUUGCGAUCAUGGAAAAGUAUGCAUACAACCUGGAAGGGAUAGUACAGGAGCGCACGAACCAGCUGUCGGAAGAGAAGAAAAAGACCGAAUCGCUUCUACUCAGGAUGCUUCCCAAAAGCGUCGCGGAAUCACUCAAACGUGGCGAACGGGUGGAGGCCGAAUGUUUCGAUUGUGUCACCAUUUUCUUCAGCGAUCUCGUAGGUUUCACGGAGCUGUGUGCCGAAAGUACACCGUUCGAGGUGGUAGAAAUGCUGAACGAUCUCUACACCUGCUGUGACUUUAUCAUCUCCAGCUACGACGUGUACAAGGUGGAAACGAUCGGUGACGCUUACAUGGUCGUUUCCGGGCUGCCGCUACGGAAUGGCGAUCGGCAUGCGGGUGAAAUUGCGUCGAUGGCCUUGCAUCUGCUGAAUUCCAUCUCGAACCUGGAGAUACGCCAUCGGCCAGGUGAAUUUAUUCAAAUGCGCAUCGGCAUCCAUUCCGGGCAGUGUGUGGCCGGUGUUGUGGGGCUUAAAAUGCCGCGGUAUUGCCUGUUCGGUGAUACGGUCAAUACGGCCUCGCGCAUGGAAAGUAAUGGUGAAGCGUUGAAGAUUCACAUCUCAUCGGUGACGUACGGGUUGUUGAAGAAGCUCGGCGGGUACAAGUGUGAAGAGCGUGGUAUUAUCAAGGUAAAGGGAAAGGGUGAAAUGCGAACGUACUGGUUGAUCGGUGAGGACGAUCAGAAGCGAAUGGAUCGAUUCGGGUCCAACGAUGCGAUUACCAGUUUGACCAUACCGGAUCUUCUGUGCACGCCGGAUCAAUCCCAAACGAAUCUAAGCCGUCCAUCGCUACGGCGUAUGCUAUCCGAUACGGUUCCGGUGUUAAACACGGGCCACCAGCACAGCACCAGCGACCAGCAAAUACCAUCGGUCAGCUUUCUCACACAUAAUGGACCGAAUCUGGGCUGUUACAUUUGCCACAAGCGAAAACUGCACGUAGGCAACACACCCAUGGCGGACGGUACCCAUCGUCUUUCGAUCAUCCACGGAAGCUACGGUGUGGAUGAAGCUAUCUGUACGUGUCGUCAGCGAAAUUGCCUGCUAGAGUACUACAACGACAACUUGAUGACUGUAAGGACGAUUCGAGAACCACGAUCUGCACCACAGAUCACUUUCAUGCAGUGAGGGUUUCGUAAAGACAGACAGUGCAAGCCUCGUUGCUGCAAGCCGAGGUUGUUACGGUUUCACGAGAUGUGAGAAUUAGUGAGUAAUGGUCGUUUGAUAGAUAUUUACAUGUCGAAACGAUGCAUUGCACCGCAUCAACACAACAGCCAAUUAAUGUUUUCGAUGUGUUUUGCUACUGUGAAGAAUAAAAUAUAUAUUCCGUGUUGUCGGCGAGAAUAGAUUGUUU